UUGACACUUUAUUUCUUCUCUUGGUCUUCGUCACUCUUGUGCCCUUCUCUCUCCUCUGAUUCUCUUCAGGUAUUUGCAUUCUGUGAUCACCUCAAAACUAAGCAAAGAUGCAGAACGAUGAGGGUGAGAUUAUCGAUCUUUACAUCCCCAGGAAAUGUUCGGCAACUAACAGGCUGAUCUAUUCCAAGGACCAUGCCUCAGUCCAAAUCAAUGUCGGUCACUUGGAUGACAAGGGUGUUUACACGGGUAGUGCCUCUACCUUUGCUCUGUGUGGCUUUGUUCGUGCUCAGGGUGAUGCCGAUAGUGCUCUAGAUCGCCUCUGGCAGAAGAAGAAGGUCCAAAGUGGCCAGUAAGGAGUUUACAAUUAGUGUUCCUAGUUAGCAAUCAAUCAGGAGGGAGUGGAAAAGUUUUAAUUCUGAUGUUAUGAAUUAAAAAGAUUGGAAAACUCAAAUUUGUGUUAAUUUUUACUCCUUUGAAGUUUAGAGUUUUUUGUUGAACUUUAUGGUAGUUAAUUUUUACACAUUAUGAAUCAUACAACUACAGAUUAGUCUCA